AUGAGCCAAGCUCUUCGUCCUUCUCCGUUGAAAUCACAAUUCGCCGGUAAAUUUUUCAGUCAAACGGGAAGCGGAGAAGCUACUCCGGCGACUCGUAUGGCGUCAUCAAAAGGAGGAAAUACCACCGCCCAUAUGAACACUCUUCACCAGCGUCUAUAUCACGCCCUCAAUCUCGGCUUCAGGAGGGUGUGUAAUGAGAAGGAGAAGAAGUGGGAGUGUACUGAUAUCGAGAUACAGAGGCAUGUGGUGAGGUCGAUUUCUGCGUUUCUCGAUUGUUUUUCUCGAGGAACAGCUAACAAUCGUCUUAUCAAGGAUUCAAUAUCUGACAUAGCCGGGGCGUUGGUGUUUAUUCUAGGAUAUAAAAACAGAGCAGUGGUUGGUUCAGCAGCCAAUGUAGUUAUUAGGUUGAUUCGUAUUGUUCCUCCUUCUAUCUUGCAAUCACAUUCUUUGGAUCUCGUGGAGUCUUUAUCACCUCUGUUGAGCUGUCGACAGUUGGAAGUUUCACUUCCUUGUGCCGUUGCUUUGAACGCCAUUCUUUUAAACAUGAGAGAAACAAAGGAGAAAGAAGCGUGGAAAGUUUUAGAAGACGCAAGAACUGUAGCUUCCGUCGUUGGUAAUCUGCAGAAAUUUUCUGAGGGGAGUGUUUCGGUGGAAUGGUUCCAGGAGAUGGCUUCGCUGUUGAGUACAGUUAUGUUGAAGUGGCCUCUGUCAAGGUAUUCUGUUUGGCACAACUCUUCCUUGAUGGUUCUGUUGGAGAGUGUUAGUCAGAAGCCUGAUAUGGGUUUGAGGGUUGCAACUCUGAAGCUGUAUUCUUCUCUAGCUCUUUGUGGCCAUGGUGCAAGUGAGCUUCUAGAUAAUGGGAAGCUUAUGCUAGAUAUGAUGAUUAGCUGCAUGGAUGAGUCAAACCCUCCAAAUGCUCGGAUUGAAGGGUUAAAGCUAGCACAAAGGCUUGCGACAGGUAACCAAGAGUGCUUGAAGAUGAUAAACAUAUGUUCUGAGCCACUAGUAAAAGCUACAGUUGAGAUCAUGGGUAAGUGGUUCUUCAGCUCAGGAAAGCUUGAACAUGAUCAUAUGUCGUUGCUUGUGGAGGCUUGUAAACUGGCUCUAAUCGCUCGUUGGGAAGGAGAACAUCAUAUUUAUUUCUGGAAGUAUCAGAUCUCAGAGGCGCUUCUUAGUCUUGUUGUGGAGAAUUUUCGUAGUCUAUCCUUGGAUUGUCGUAUGUCUCUAGAAGAAGAAGUUUCAGUUGCUGAGAAGGUACUGAAUGGAAAUUUUCUACCUAGUCUGAGGUCAUAUGUUUGGGAUAUAAUUGGAUUCUUGGCAGCUCACUGUGAGGAAGAUUUUGAUUCCAUUUGUAUUGGAGAUGAACUCCGCCUCAACUUUCUUGUCACAUGUGCAUGCUUGACAUUUUCAAGGUCAGUUCAAAAAGGCUAUCAGAUAUGUCAAAACGAUAUAAUGAGUGCUUCCCAAAGCGAGUCUGCAUCAAGAGCAGUGCUAAUGAUGAUAUAUUCUCCCUCCAAAUACAUAUCAACGAGGGCCAGAGUUACUCUUUCGUUUAUCUUGGGAGAAGAUGGUGAGCAAAAUUUGAAUUCCCUUGUGAAUUUCCUGAGUUAUAUUCCAUCUUCUGGAGGCUAUGUACUGCCAAAUGUACUCCAAACUACCGUUUGCUUGGUCGGCUUGGCAUGCUACUCAUCGAUCCCUCAGUAUGCGGGUUUCAUUUUAGGACACAAGGGUUUCGAGAUACUGUUAUCUUUCUGUAGUUGGUAUCAAAGGAAUCGGGGUAAUAUUGGAGAAUCAAGUUUUGCUCCUUAUCCCCAGAGCACCUCUGAGAAGAGGAUAUGUUGCUGGGUAUGUCCAGAAGACUGGGACAGCAAAGAUGCUUUUCUUCUGUAUGCUCUCUUGGCUUUGGCCGAGUUGGUAAAUCAUUCUUUCUCUGAACAGAAUCACGCCGAAGAGUUUUCAAUCAAGAGAGAAAAUGUGAAAGAUCGGUUAUGCACCACGCUUCAGGAGAUCCGAGAUGGAACUUAUGGCUCUGGUCCAAGGUGGUAUGCUUCACACGUCCUAAGCUAUUUUGGAUACUAUGGCUUCCAACAUAAGCUGGGGAAAAGGCUCAUUGGAGCCUUCGAAGAUGAGGAAUGCAGCGAUAUGCGACUCCUUUUCGCUAGUGGGAAUAGUGUCAGUGUUAACAAAAUCAUUCUCGCUGUCAGGUGUCCGACGUUACUGCCUCCCGAAAAGGGAGCUCGCAGUGGCUCGAUGAUAUCAUCAGAGAAACCUCAGAGAACCGUCCAAGAAAUCCGCAUGUCUGCCAACGUCGAUACUUUGGCGCUUGUUAAGCUAUUGGAGUUUGCUUACUCUGGGUAUGUGGAAGUAGAAAGCACGACGGUGAAGAAGCUGAAAACUUUGGCGAGACAUUGUAAGUCAAAGGUUCUGCUGCAGAUGCUCUGCAGAAGAAGACCCAAGUGGGGUUCUUCAAUACCCAGAAUCGAUAUUCCCCUUGCCCUCACUCCUAAACUCAUCCAUCUCUCGGAUUUUAUAUUAGUACCUAAAGAAACAAUCAUCACUGGCUUCAACUGCCGUUUUUGUUCCUCAACAUCUCCUCAUGCCCACUCUCACCGAGUUAUACUUUCAUCAGGCUGUGAAUACCUUCGUGCCUUGUUCCGGUCCGGGAUGCAGGAGAGCAAUUUGGAUAGACUAAACGUUCCCGUGAGCUGGCUGGGGUUAACUAAGCUUGUAAACUGGUUCUACUGUGAUGAAUUGCCAAAGCCACCAUUGGGUUGCAAAUGGAACAACAUGGACACUGAGGCAAAGCUAGAUGAGCUUGAAGCUUACGUGGAGAUAUACUCGCUUACCGAGUGGUGGAUAAUGGAAGAUCUUCAAAACGAAUGCGCUCAAGUGAUUCUCUCCUGCUUGGAAUCCGCUAGAGAGUUAUCGAUCAAGGCAAUCGAAUUAGCUGCAAGUUUCUCAAUGUGGAAACUGGUGGAAGCGGCGGCUGAACAUGCAGCUCCUAUUUACCAUCAGCUUCGGGACUCAGGUGAGCUCGAUGAGCUAGAUGAUGAGCUGGUUAACUUGAUCCGAACUGCUGCUGUUCACUUUUCUCAACAGGGUUGUUAA